UAUUGUAUCUCACUUUAGUUUUUAGCAUCUUAUAAAAAUCACAUGGUGUUGAGUUUUAUAGAAUCAUCGUUUCCCUUUCUGACGUCAUCGACUGCACACGUUCCUCCUGUGACUUCCUGUUGUGGGCUUUGCUGUGGUCCAUCCACUCCCCAGGUCCUGCUGUCACCAGCUCGCCGGUCUGGGAGUGGAAGCGAGAGCCACAGCUCUUUGUGGGAGCUACCACACCAUGGUUCUUCGUUGUGACAGUGUCUCGGUAGUUUUUGAGUGGAUGCGGAGAUCUGCCAACCUGAACGACACGACAAAAGAUGAUGGCAAUGAGGCUGAAGCCAGCAGGAUGAGUAAAUUAAGAAGGACACGAAAGAAAGUCAUCAAAUCACAUCUUUGUUCCACUCAAGUGAGAGAAAUGAACACAUCGAAUUCCAAUGAUCGUGCUAGGAACAGCACUCAAAUUUUGACUCCACCUCAACUUUCUUCAAAAAUGAAACAUAUUAAGCAAGAGAUGGCCAAAAAUCACCUCCAGUUUGUGCGUUUUGAAGCAACAGACCUACAUGGCGUGUCUAGAUCCAAGACCAUCCCUGCAUACUUCUUCCAAGAAAAAGUGACCCAGGGUGUUUUCAUGCCCCGAGGUUAUCUUGAAUUGAUCCCAAAUCCUAAGGACAAUGAACUGAAUCACAUAAGAGCCACCUGUUUUAAUAGUGACAUCGUUCUAAUGCCGGAGCUCUCGACCUUCAGAGUGUUGCCGUGGGUGGAAAGAACCGCUCGAGUGAUCUGCGACACCUUCACCGUGACUGGGGAACCUCUGCUGACCUCCCCCAGGUACAUGGCCAAGAGACAGCUGAACCAGCUGCAGGACGCCGGCUUCUCCCUGUUCUCUGCCUUCCUCUAUGACUUCUGCAUUUUUGGUGUGCCUGAAGUUAUCAAUUCGAAGGCUGUGUCUUUUCCUGCUUCGACAUUUCUGUAUAAUCACGACCAGCCCUUCAUGCAGGAGCUUGUGGAUGGCUUGUAUCAUACUGGGGCCACCGUAGAGAGCUUUUCCUCUUCUACCAGGCCCGGUCAGAUGGAAAUCUGUUUUCUGCCUGAGUUUGGCAUUAGUUCAGCUGAUAAUGCAUUUACCCUCCGAACAGGUGUGAAAGAAGUGGCCAGGAAAUAUAAUUACAUUGCCAGCUUUUUCGUUGAGACUGGCUUCUGCAAUUCAGGAAUUUUGUCCCAUAGUGUCUGGGAUGUCAGUGGGAAGAAAAACAUGUUCUGCUGCAGUUCUGGAGCUGAGCAGCUCGCAGGUCCCGGGAAGAAGUGGCUGGCAGGACUUUUGAAACACUCUGCGGCCCUCAGCUGCCUGAUGGCACCCGCUGUCAGCUGCCGAAAGCGCUACUGCAAGGACAGCAAAGACCUAAAGGCCACGUCUGUGCCUACGACCUGGGGCUACAACGACAACAGCUGUGCUUUCAACAUCAAAAGUCACGGUGGGAGAGGCACCCAGAUAGAAAACAAGCUGGGCUCGGCCACCGCCAACCCCUACCUGGUGCUGGCUGCCACCGUCGCCGCAGGCCUGGAUGGGCUGCAGAGCUGCGAGGAUGCCUCUGUCGGGGCAGGUGAUAGCACGGGGAUUUACCAGCCACCUGCUGCCGAGAUCCCUUUGAAACUGGAAGAUGCGCUUGUGGCCCUGGAGGAGGACCAGUGUCUGAGACAGGCUCUGGGAGAGACUUUCAUUCGAUAUUUUGUUGCCAUGAAGAAGUACGAGCUGGAAAACGAAGAAACAGAUGCAGAGAGAAAUAAAUUCUUGGAGUAUUUUAUUUAGAAUAGAACUCUUAGCUCUUCCUUUUGAGAUGUUAUUUUGGCUUAUGCAGCUAAUCUAUCGGCAUGAAAAGAUCGAACUUUCAUAAUUAACCACAAGCCUAUCAAUGCUUACCCUCUUUUUUAUUGUCCUCACGGGAUCUUUGUCAGAUGAAGUAGGGCUGCCGAGAGGGGUCUGUAAUGGAUAUAAAUAAUAAAAGUCGUGGAGAAGCUGUAAUGUGCAGACGCAA